CCAGUUUCCGCUUCCGGCAGUACAAGGAUCCCUGUCGAGAUGGAGGAAGAUGCGAACCGAUUUUGCCUGUCGCUGGGAAUGGAGGGUAGUGCGGGUACCGCAGUCUAGGAGUCCAGGACUGGAGUUCUCAGACGCGGCCGAACCGCCGGGGUCUGAGAAGGUAAGCGACAACAGUUCUUGUGUGCUUUGAGGGAUCAGAGGUACCUAAGAACCGACUUGUCGAGGAGGAGCGGACGUCUGCUCUGCGGGGCUACAUCGCCAUGGGAGGCCGCCUUGCAAUUUUGGCUACGAAAGGCAAGUCCGGCGAGGCAUCUCUUUUUGGCAUAGGAGCAUGAGAAUCUGACAACUAGCGAAGCAUGGCGAGGAGCAUACCCAGGGACCCCGAAUUGACUGUGCAAGAGCCGGACCGAAGGUCUUCGGGCACAAUGGAGGACAAGCGAAACAUCCAGAUCAUCGAGUGGGAGCACCUGGACAAGAAGAAGUUCUAUGUGUUUGGCGUGGCAAUGACGAUGAUGAUCCGUGUUAGUGUGUACCCAUUCACCCUCAUUCGCACCCGGCUGCAGGUUCAGAAGGGCAAGAGCCUCUACCAUGGGACCUUUGAUGCCUUUGUCAAGAUCUUGCGAGCAGAUGGAGUGGCUGGCCUCUACCGGGGCUUCCUGGUCAACACCUUCACACUCAUCUCUGGCCAAUGCUAUGUCACCACUUAUGAGCUUACCCGGAAAUUUGUAGCCGACUACAGCCAGAGUAACACAGUCAAAUCACUGGUAGCCGGUGGCUCGGCCUCCCUCGUGGCCCAGAGCAUUACAGUGCCCAUUGAUGUUGUCUCUCAGCACCUGAUGAUGCAGCGCAAGGGCGAGAAAAUGGGCCGUUUCCAAGUUCCUGGGAACCUAGAGGGACAAGGGCUAAUUGCCUUUGGCCAAACUAAGGACAUCAUCAGACAGAUCCUGCGGGCUGACGGGCUUCGAGGCUUCUACCGAGGCUAUGUGGCCUCACUGCUAACAUACAUCCCAAACAGUGCUGUAUGGUGGCCCUUUUAUCACUUCUAUGCAGAGCAGCUGUCGCGCCUGUGUCCUCAGGAGUGCCCUCACAUUGUCUUCCAAGCCAUCUCUGGGCCCCUGGCUGCAGCCACUGCCUCCGUCCUCACCAACCCUAUGGAUGUCAUCCGAACCCGUGUGCAGGUUGAAGGCAAGAGCUCCAUCAUCCUGACCUUCAGACAGCUGAUGGCAGAAGAGGGGCCUUGGGGCCUCAUGAAGGGCCUCUCUGCCCGAAUCAUCUCGGCUACACCCUCCACUAUCGUCAUUGUGGUGGGCUACGAGAGCCUCAAGAAACUCAGCCUCCGACCUGAGCUGGUAGAUUCAAGACACUGGUAGCCAAUGGCAGUCAGAAAGGCUGUGGUUUCACACAUUCUUCUGGGCCAGGGUAGAGCAGGGAGGAUAGUACCCUUGUGAAUGCCACCACGACACACCCAUCCUGCGUCUGGCCUGCUGACCUAUCUGGGACAAGACAAGAAACUUUGGACUGCUCUUGCUGAAGAGGUUCUGUGCCUGGCUUCCCUGUUCCCAGAUCUGGGCCCCUCACUGGGUCCUUAUACUCAGUCACGGCCUGAAGAUCAACCUCCACAGGACCCUGCUGGCCCCUCGCUGAUGCCCUUUCUCUAUGUCCACCCUUCAGGCCUGGAGAAGAGCUGCUAUAGAGUUUGCUUAUCCCCCUGCUUUUUCAUCAUGAGACUUUAAGCCAAGGCACUAAGCAGGCACCUAGUCCUGACAGCAUCAGCCGACUGUCAGAAGCCACUCCUCGGAGAAGUGGAGAGCUGUGACGCCGAUCCCGAUCCUUUAUCCCUUUAUUUCUUAUGCUUGCUUAAAUUUGGGACCGAGUUGUCCACUGGACUACUCUGCUUUGCCCUGCCUUUUGGGGACAGCUGGGAGCAGCACACUCUGCAGGGCGUUUGUCUUCUCUGGGAGCUACUAAGAGGGAGAAACGCCAAGGCUUCAUUUGGUUCGCAUAGUUGAACAUCUGUGAAGCAGGCAGCUAGUCCUGACAGCAUCAGGCUACUGUCAGAAGCCACUCCUCGGAGAAGUGGAGAACUGUGACAUAGAUCCCAAUUCUUUAUCCCUUCCCUUUCCUUUUAGGCCUGGGACCCUGAAGACCAGAAUGGGCUGUUGGCCUCCACUGGCCCAGGGGAUGACAGUGGAGGGCACAGUUCUAAGUGGAUCAGACUUACUGGAGUGCACUGGUACAUUUCCCUGACGCCAGGUUGAGAAAGCCACUGGCUUGGAAAGUAAUGAGAGAUGUGUGUUCCUCACUGUUCUCUCCUCAGGCCAGCUGAGCUAAGCCCAGGAGGCAGCGAUGGAGGCUCUGAGCCCCGGGCAGCAGUGUCACUUACAAACCUGUCCCCCAGAUGACAACAGCUGUCUCCCAGUGGGACUCUGGAAUAUGAACUGUCCUUCUUUUUCUUGUUCUUGGUUGUGAAGUGUCAUCCUAGUCAUGGUACCCUGUGCUGGCAGCAGAAGAAAGAACAGUCAGGAAGACACCCAAGGCCAGGCCCACUUCAGUGACCAGCCUCAUACUGCCGAAACUGUUGAUGCUCCCUCCCGCAGGGGCUUCUUCCCAGCCUCCACCAAGCCUAUCCAGAGAGACAUGGCACGUGGAGUGGGAAGAAGGCAGUCAAACUGCCUACUUAAGAUGAUGGCCUGGGUGAUGCUGUCAACCUUUUUUAGUGGUCCCAUGCUGUGGGAAACGCCAUGGUGCCAAUCUGGAAGGUGCUAGCUAACUGAAGCCUUCUUGUUUCUCAUGGCUGCUCCACAUUCUUCCAUCUCUGUACUGACCUCCGUAGUCUGUAUUUGUUUCCUUUUGAACUUUACUUUUAUUGGUCUCAGCAUAUCAGUUGUUUUGAGACAUCCUAGGCUGGGUUUGAUUCACUAUGUAGCAGAGGAUGGCCUUGAACUCUUGAUCCUCCUCCACCUCCUGAGUUCUGGGUUUACGACUUCCUGCACUUUAUUGCGAGAGCCCUCCAAUUUUGUCCAUAGUCAUCUGAAGGGCGGAGCCCACAGAUCAUUUUAAAUCUUUUUACUCUUCACAUCCACUUAAGUACUGUCAAUACAAUGGAAGCAAGGACCCCCCCACACCACAAGGUUUUCCUAGCGUGGCUUCUCCGAGUCAGUCUCUCCUCUUUCUUUGAGCCUUCCUUACUGGGGCAGAGUGAGGACACCACGAGAGGGUCCUGCUUCUCACGCCUUAGGUUAUUUCUUCCUCCUGACUUCAAUUUUUUUUUUUUUUUUGGACAGGUUUCUCUGACUUCAUUUUUUUGUGCAAUGUGUAGUCUCUCUCGCUCCUGUCGCUUCUCCUCCCUUUCCUGCUUCUCCUCACUUUCCUUAGGCACCCUGUCCUGACCCCUACUUUCUUACCCGAAGUCAGGGACUAGAAUAGGCCAGUGGGCGCCCGUUUUUCCAAAACUGGAGAGAGCAAGACAGCUAGAAAUUUCAGCCUGUUGGUCCAUAACCUAAUUUAGAAACUCGAAAAGACUGGAAAACAUGGGGAAGAAAAUGCAUGUAAGCAUUUGAUAAAAAUGGACUAUUAAGGAUAGUAGCUGCGAAUAUUCACUGUUGCACUGUAUGAAAUCAUUGAAAUGUAAUUAAAAGUUUUUAUUGAGCCCCUAAA